AUGAUUCCAUUUGUGAGUAAUAAUAAUACAAUUAAACGGAUAUUUGAAGAUUUGAACAAUUGGGAUGGAAUACCAAAAUUGAGUGAAAUUGUGAAGAUUGGACCAACUAAAUGGUAUGUUUUUUGUUUUGAAUGAAUUAUAAUGAGGUAAUAUACUUUAGGGGCAUUCAAAUUCAAAAGAAUAUGAUAGAUGGCGGAGUAUAUCUCGGAAUAUACUUGACAUAUUCAGGAGAAAAUCAAUGGGAGAAAGAUUGGUUUUGUGAAACAAAUAUAACAAUGAAAUUGAUUAAUCAAACUGGACAGAAAUUGAAUUUAUCUAAAGCAGCUACUUUAAUUUAUAAUCAUAUUUCCCGUAGUUGGGGAUGGAAGACAUUUUAUAAAUGGGAUAAUUUGAUGAAAGAUGGAUAUAUGAAAGACAACUCAAUUAUUGUGGAAAUUGAUUUUAGUUUCAAAUAUUACGAUUUUUCGAAAAUUCCGAAUUUGACUGAUAUUAUUCUCAAAAUCGAGGGUAAUGAAUUUUUUACGAACAAAGGGGUUAGUUUUAACAAGUAUUUCCGAAUUUCAAUAAUAAUUUCAGAUUUUAUGCACACAAUCCGAAUAUUUUUACGAUUUAUUUGUCAACAAAAAUUAUCAAGGAAGUGUGAUUGAAUUCAAAGAUGUUGAAAUCGCUCAUUUUCGACAAUUCCUAGCUUCACUUUAUCCACAUUUUGAUGAAAUUAAUAGAAAAAACUUCAUAUUCCUCAGCAAAUUGGCCAUGAAAUACAAAGUUUCAGUAUUGCAAGAAAAUUGUGAGAAGUUUUUGAUGAAAGAUAUUGAGAUAUCAUUGGGAAACAAAUUGAAAUAUGCUGAUGAAUAUGAUUAUUCCAAUUUGAUGGUGAGAAAUUUGGAGAAUUUCUGAUAAUAAUAAUAUUUCAGAAACAUUGCAUUGAAUCAUUGGAUAGUGUUCAAAAAAUCAAAAAUGUUCGGGAAUCCGAGGAAUUUCGAAAUCUUAAAGAAUCGACAAAACAUGCUAUUAUGAUUAAGAUUUUGAAUUUUGUUUGA